AUGCCUCGGACGCUGCUCCUCUGCUUCAUCCACGGCUUCAAAGUAGGUCGUGACCGCCGCCAGCAGCGGGACCCGACGACGGACCGCGCGACUAACACGAUCCAGGGCAACGACAACACCUUCCACGACUUUCCAGACGACCUCAAACGCUCCGUCACGAAGCAGCUGCCCGACCACCGCGUGGAGUCCAUCGUCUACCCCCAGUAUGAGACCAAGGGCGAGCUGGCGCAGGCCACCGAGGCCUUUCUCUCAUGGCUGAAGGAGCAGGUGAUGGAAGUCAGAAAGGCCAACGUCGAGAAGCCGUGGCCGCCCAAGGACCGCGAGGUCGGCGUCGUCCUCGUCGCGCACUCAAUGGGGGGCUUCGUCGCCGCGGACGCCCUCUUCCUCGCCAUCAACGAGCGCGCCGCCUCCAACCCGUCCGAGGACGACCCCAUCUUCCCGCUGAUCCAGGGCAUCCUCACCUUCGACACCCCCUACAACGGCCUCGCCCGCUCCAUGUUCGUCUACGGCGGCUUCUCCAACUACCAAAAGGUCAGCAGCGUCUUCAACGUCAUGACGGCCCUCUCGGCCGCCGCCCCCGCCAGCCUCGCCCGCCUCGGCACCCGCCGCGCCGCCACCUCCGCCGUCACCUCCUCCUCCUCCGCCGUCGGCCGCGGCAACCCCGGCUGGAAGACGUGGCAGCUCAUCGCCGUGCGCACGGGGACCGUCGGCGCCAUCGCCGCCGGCGGCGUCGCCGCCUACGUCAACCGCGAGGCCAUCCUCUCCGGGCUCAAGAACCUCAACCGGGACUCCGUCAAGGAGGGCUACCAGCAGUCCAUCGGCGCCCUGGGCCAGGGCCUCGCCUACAUCAACCGCGGCAACGUCGGCCAGUCGUUCGCCUGGCUCUCGGACCACUUCACCUUUGUCGGCGCGCUGCUCAAGCAGAAGGAGCUCAACCGGCGCCUCGAGCGCAUGGGCGCGCUGCAGGGCGUCGGCAUCCACGACUUUUACGCCUCGCUCGGCGAGAACGGCUACUGGCAGGGCGGCUACUUCGUGCCCGAGAGGACCUUCUGCGCCGUCCCCGAGGGGGACCACGCGGCGUCGUCGCUGUUCUCGCGCCAGGUCCUGCAGGAGGUCGACGACGAGGUGCAGGCGCACAUGAGCAUGUUCCAGCCGCAGAGGCACAAGGGGUACGAGGGCAUGACGGAAGACGCGGCGGAGCUGGUCGUGCGCUGGUUCCACAGCGAGGAGCCCGUCGUCGACGACGCCAAGUUCCGCGAGACGCCGCCCGAGGAGGCGGCCGAGGACCACGAGGUCGAGGAGACGCUGGAGAAGGCCAUCUCCAACACGGAGCAGCCGGGCAAGUCUGGCGGGGAGGCGAAGGAGCAGGGGCAGGAGGGGGAUGAUGGAGAGAAAAAGAUGGAGGGCGUAGAGGAGCCGGCCGCCGAUGAACUACCCGACGAGUCGCCCAUCGACAUCGCAGCCGCGGCGUCGCUUGUGCCUCUGCCCGCGGACGGCGAGGGGGACCUGGUCGGGGACGUGAGCACGGAGAACAUGACGGCCGAGGAGAAGCGGUCGUACAUGCAGCACCUGUUCCGGAUCGCGCAGUCGACGGGCACGGGGGUGAAGGGGUGGUGGCCGAACAAGAUGCCCAACAUGCCCAGCAUGCCGAAUAUGCCGAAUAUGCCGAACAUGCCCAACAUGCCAUCGAUGCCCCGGGUCCCCGCCUCGGUCUCGUCCCUGGGCCAGGUGUCCAUGCCGAGCGUCAACAUCUGGCGGAAGUCGACCCCUUCGCAGGCGCCGGCUGACGAGGGUAAGAAGGAGGAGAAGGGAGCAUCGAUCGUCGGGGAGGAGAAGGGUGAUACGACGGCGGCUGGGGGGGACAAGCAGGAUGCCGCCAAGAUUGAGGGUGGCGGCAACGAGACGGCCAAGACGGCGGCGGCGACGGGACAACUCGAGACGGCGGAGGGAGAGAAGUCGAAGUGA